AUGCAAGAACAGCUGGCGCCAUCCUGCCAGUAUUCAUUCUUUUACUCUGUGCAUCAUGCAGAGAUACGAGGCAAGCAGGAGUCCGCGGGGGUGGCAGCAAUUGGAGGCCAUUUUGAUCUGCUUGACCAGGACGGGAAGAAGUUCACGCAUGAGAACCUUAUUGGCAACUAUUCUCUCUUGUACUUUGGCUUCACAAACUGCCCAGACAUCUGCCCUGAUGAGCUGGAGAAGCUGGCCACAGCGAUUGAUGCCGUAGAGAAGCAGACGGGCCAGAAAGUGCUGCCAGUGUUCAUCACAGUGGAUCCUGAGAGAGAUAGCGUGCCCAAGGUCAGGGAAUAUGUGAAGCAGUUCCACCCCCGGCUCAUUGGGCUGACUGGGCCUCAGGACAAGGUCAAGGCAGCGGCCAAAGCAUACCGGGUGUAUUACACCAAAACCAAUGACGAUCCAAAGGACUAUUUGGUGGAUCAUAGCAUCAUCAUGUACCUGCUGGAUCCCAAGGGCCAGUUUGUGUCAUUCUAUGGCAAGAAUCACACGGUGCCAGAGUUGGCUGACAAGAUCUCCAUAGUGAUCAGCAAACAGAAUGGAAGCCAGUAA